CGUCGGCGGCCGGCGGCCCGGCCCAGCUGGCGGCCGAGAAGACCACCAGACAGCCGCGCAAGAAGCUGGCCCGCAGGGCCUCGGCUCCCGCCUGUCGCGCCGACCAACUCACUGCCAUCGAGCUACUGACGUCACCCACGCUGGUCAGUGACGUCACCGCCGCCAUGGAGACGAUGCGGCCCAAGCUGGGGAAGGGUCGUCUGAAGAAGAGCCGGCCGCCGGGCCCUCGCUCGGCCUCGGCCUCGGCCACCUCGCUGACGGCGGCCGACGAGGGGGCGCCGGACGGCGGAGCGCGCCGCUCUGUCUCCGAGGGGCCGCGCUCGCCCGAGCAGCCGCCGCCGCUGCCGCUGCCGCCGCCGGCCGCCCGCGUCCUCAAGAAGAAGCACGCCAAGCUGGCCAAGCGGCCCGGGCUGGAGCGCGGCCGGCUGGCGCUGCAGCAGGUCAAGAAGCGUAAGAAGAUGAAGGAGAAGGUGUGAGAGGCCGGUGUAGGGGCCGCUGUUGAGAGCGAGUGCCGGACGGUGCCGGCGGCUGGGGGGAGACACCAGCCGUCUGGUGUCCGCCCUUCACCGUCACCGGUGGAGACCGGGCGUCGGUUCUGGCGGCUCCAGCUGAACGAACUGACCGCUGAGCAGACCGCGGACCCAGCUUAAGGGCUUCACUCUAGGGCACCUGCGCCGGCGGUACCGGCUGCGGCGGCGGCGGCGGAACGUCAGCAGCGCCGGCCGAAGCGAACGAACGCGUCGGCGACCGUCGUGCUCGCCGU